AAAAUAUGUCCUAGAAAAAAGCGACCAUUUCAACUACAAAAUCCCAGGUGAUUGGAAAAAGACGUACCCAGAGUGCAGUGGUGAAAAACAGUCGCCUAUUGCAAUUAAAUAUUCAGAGGCUUGGCAAGUAAAUCUUCCUUCUCUAGAGUUCCUAAACUAUAAUGUUCCUAUGGGCGGAAAUGUUAAGGCUAUUAACAAUGGUCAUACUGUUCAAAUAGAUAUCCCACAUAUGCAUAGUCAUAGAGCACCUUAUGUUUACGGUGGGGGACUAGAAUCUAUCUACAAAUUGAAAGGAUUACAUUUUCACUGGGGUUCUCCUGGGCAACCAGGAUCUGAACACUCAAUUGAUGGCAACAGAUAUGAUUUGGAAUUGCAUGUUGUUCAUAAAAAGAUUCCUUACAACACAUUGGAAGAAGCACGAUCAGAUCCAUUUGGAAUUGUUGUCUUGGCUGUUCUUUUUCAAGGAGUACAGGAUGGCAGCAUUGGGACAACAUAUUUGGAUGAUUUUUUCGAAUCAUUGCCACAUUUGUCACAGUAUGAAUCUCAUAUUAAUCUCGAACUAAUGACAAUGAACAAUUUUUUAGUUCAUUUAAAUACUGAGGACUUUUUUAUGUACAAUGGUUCACUGACAACUCCGCCUUGUCCUGAAGCCGUUAUUUGGUAUGUUUUCCCAGACGUUCGUCCAAUCCAGCAUAAACAUCUUGAACAAUUUUGGGGCCUUCGUGAUGAAAUGAGUGAACUUUUACUGCAAAAUGAACGCCCAAUACAACCAAUUAACUCAAGAAAAGUUUUCUUUCGAAGGGGAAAUAAAUAUCGCACAUAUAAAUAAAAGUGUCUACAAAUUAAAAUAAGAAAGUUAAAGAAUAAAAUUUAAAAAAAAAGUGAAAUAAAAUAAUUUAAAUUGU